UAGAUUUUUUAUAAAAAUAAAUACGUUAUAGUUUGUCAGUACAAUAAGAAAUGAAAAAUAUAUUCAAAAAAAGUGCGGAAGCUAAUUAUUGACGGACACUGUUUCGCUACGGGAAGUUGCAGCAUGAAGAAGGAGCAAGUUGCUCACUGUCAGUUUUCCGUCUGGUAUCCGAUAUUUAAACACCAUACAAUUAAAAGUCUGAUUCUUCCAUUGCCUCAAAAUGUAAUUGAUUAUUUACUGGACGACGGGACACUGGUAGUCUCUGGGAGUGACCACAUUGCACAACCGACGCAUAUUAACAGUGAUUCGGAUGCUGAUGAAGACAUUCAGUGGUCAGAUGACGAAACAACCACCACAGUCACAGCGCCAGAGUUCCCAGAAUUCACAGCCAAAGUACUGGAGGCGGUAAAUGCUUUGGGUGGUCGUGUUUUUCCCAAACUCAACUGGAGUGCUCCAAGGGACGCCAACUGGAUUGCACUGAACAGCUCACUUCAGUGUCAGAGUCUAAGCGAAAUAUUUCUCCUCUUCAAAAGCUCAGACUUCAUCACCCACGACCUCACGCAGCCAUUCCUUCACUGCAAUGACCAGGAUUCCCCUGAUCCUGUCAUUAAUUAUGAGCUGGUCCUGAGAAAGUGGAGCGAGCUGAUCCCCGGUGGAGAGUUCCGCUGCUUUGUUAAGGAAAAUAAACUGAUUGCCAUCAGCCAAAGAGACUACACUCAGUAUUAUCCGCACAUCUUAAAACAGGAGGAGUCCAUUGUUCACGCCAUCCACCACUUCUUUAGCCAGCACAUUCAGUACAACUUCUUGGAUGAGGACUUUGUGUUGGAUGUCUACAGAGAUAGCCAGGGGAGGGUGUGGCUCGUUGAUCUGAAUCCAUUCGGCGAGGUCACCGACUCCCUUCUGUUCAGCUGGGCGGAGCUGACGUCCGGCGGUGAAAUCGCCCAGCGGCAGGAUGGGCCGGCUUUCCGCUACACCACCAGUGAGAUGACGGUGCAGCCCAGUCCCUGCCUGAGCUAUCGAAUCCCACGUGACUUUGUGGACCUGUCCGCCGGUGAGGACGCUUACAAGCUCAUCGACUUCCUCAAGCUGAAAAGCCAACAGGAGGACGAAGAGGAGGAGGAGCCUCCGCAGUGACGCUCAAGUUCCCUGCAUGCAGUGACUCGAAGACCCCACACCCCCAGCUCAUCAUGUGACCUGAAGCAAUCGUUCGGGAGUUUCACAUGUGACAUAAGGCCCAAUUGUUACGGUUACGGUAGCUCACGUGGCAGAUUCGAGGUCUUGUUUUUCGACUGCACAAAACCAGCAAGACUGCGCUGGUGUCUUCGAAGUCUUGAGCAAGCGUCUUUAUUUACCACGAAAGCUCUUGAUCACCCAGUCACUUUUAAUGCUUCUUUGCCCCCGUCCUCCCGUUCGUCCCGGUAGAUUUAGUCCUUGCAGUCCUGACACACUCGUUGCCUCGAUUUUUCACGCCCGCCCCCCUUGUUUUUUUUGUUUUGUUUUGUGUGUGCUGUUUUCCCAUCAUGCAUCUCUGUAGACCGCGGCCCUACGGAACCCCAUUAAACUUCUUGUCAUAUAUCGA